CUCUGGCACGGCCGAUGACAGCCGCGCGCGCGUGCGAGCGUGCGCGCGCCAGCGAGCCGCGGCGGGGAGCGCGUCCUGGUUCUCGCUGAUUCGGUUGAUUCCGGGUUCGACGUUGCGGGGGAAAGAGACGAGACGGCCACUAGAAGAGGAAGAUUGGUGACGCAGAGAAAAAGGGGGCAGGCGGUGUGGCGGUGUAUACAACAAGUCUGUGCUCUCAUUCAUGCACAGUGUGUGAGAGAGCACGAGUCCUCGCCGACGACCGCCGGGCCCGACGCCACGUCCUCGUCCUCGUCCAGACGCUAAGCUCCGCUCGGCUCUCUCAGGCUGAUAGAUAAAAGGGGUCGUGACCCUAUACAGUAGUCGUCACCAUGGCAGAAGCUCACCAGGCGGUGGCCUUCCAGUUCACCGUCACCCCUGAUGGCAUUGACCUGCAGCUGUGCCACGAGGCCCUGCGCCAGAUCUACCUCUCUGGCCUCCACUCCUGGAAGAAGAGGUUCAUUCGCUUCAAGAAUGGGGUAAUGACUGGUGUGUACCCGGGCAGCCCUGGUGGGUUCAUGGUAGUGGUUGUGUCCUACAUGUCCUACAAUAAAUACCAGCAGCUGGAUCCCUCUCUGGGGUUGAUAGCCAAGCUGGGCCAACACAUACCUAUCAGCCGGUACAUGUCCACGGACAGCCAGAGGAUAGUCGGAGGAGUUCUGGUGGGCACGGGUCUGUGGGUCACCAUAAUCAUGAUCAUGAGGAAUGUUCUUAAGAGCCUGCUGUCGUGGCACGGCUGGAUGAAUGCGCGCCACGGCUCGGUGUCCUGGUCUACUCGUCUGUGGAUGGUAUUGGUGAAGGUGUUCUCUGGCAGGAAGCCCAUGCUCUACAGUUUCCAGAACUCCCUGCCACGGCUACCUGUUCCCUCUGUCAAGGACACCUGCAGUAGGUACCUGGAGUCAGUGCGCCCGCUGAUGGAUGAUGUGCAGUUUGAGCGAAUGACGGGCUUGACUAAUGACUUCGAGAAGAACCUGGGGCCCAGGCUGCAGUGGUACCUCAAACUCAAGUCGUGGUGGACAUCCAACUAUGUUAGUGAUUGGUGGGAAGAGUACAUUUACCUCAGAGGCCGUGGGCCCAUCAUGGUCAACAGCAACUAUUAUGCCAUGGAUUUCCUUUAUGUGUUCCCCACCUCCAUCCAGGCUGCCAGGGCAGGCAAUGCCAUCCACGCCAUCAUGCUCUACAGGAGGAAACUGGACAGAGCCCAGGUCAAACCUAUAUACUUGCUGGCGAACAAGGUUCCUCUGUGUUCGGCUCAGUGGGAGCGGAUGUUUAACACCACCCGCGUCCCUGGUUUGGAGACAGACACCCUUCAGCACACGAACGAGAGCAAACACAUAGCUGUGUACCACAAGGGCCGUUUCUACAAGGUGUGGAUGUUUUACGACGGACGGCUGCUGUUGCCACGGGAGAUAGAGCAGCAGAUGGCGAGGAUCUUGGCAGACAAUUCGGAGCCCGGGCCAGGAGAGGAGCAACUGGCUGCACUUACUGCAGGGGAGAGGACCCCAUGGGCAAACUCCCGUGAAACCUACUUCAGCAGUGGCAAGAACAAGCAGUCUCUGGACGCCAUCGAGAAGGCGGCCUUCUUCGUAACCCUCGACGACUCCGAGCAGCGCUACGAGGCAGACAAUCCAGUCAAGUCUCUCGACCGUUACGCCAAAUCCCUGCUCCACGGGAAGUGCUAUGACAGGUGGUUUGACAAAUCCUUCAACCUGAUUGUGUUCAAGAACGGCACCAUGGGGCUGAACGCAGAGCAUUCUUGGGCAGACGCUCCAAUCAUUGGUCAUCUGUGGGAGCAUGUGCUCUCCAUGGACCCUAUUAAGUUGGGAUAUACUGAGGAGGGUCACUGCUGUGGGGAGCCCCACCCCAACCUGCCUGGUCCCCUGAGGCUGCAGUGGGACAUCCCUGCUGAGUGCCAGGAAACCAUCCAGAGCUGUCUGACGUUAGCCAAGAGUCUGGCAGACGAUGUGGAUUGUCACAUUUUCCCCUUUGCCAACUUCGGCAAGGGUCUGAUCAAGAAGUGCCGCACCAGUCCCGAUGCCUUCAUCCAGAUCGCCCUGCAGCUGGCCCAUUACAGGGAUAAAGGGAAGUUCUGCCUGACGUACGAAGCCUCAAUGACGCGUCUUUUCCGUGAGGGACGGACAGAAACCGUGCGCUCCUGUACGUCGGAAACCUGUGCCUUCGUUCGCUCCAUGAUCAGAGAUGAGACGAGAGAGGAGCGCCUUAACUUGCUCAAACUGGCAGCAGAGAAGCACCAAAACAUGUACCGUCUGGCUAUGACAGGAAAAGGCAUCGAUCGCCACCUCUUCUGCCUCUACGUGGUUUCCAAAUACUUGGGAGAAGACUCACCUUUCCUCAAGGAGGUCCUGUCUGAGCCAUGGAGACUGUCCACCAGUCAGACUCCUCUGCAGCAGGUCGACCUGUUUGACCUUGUCAGACACCCAGAAUACGUGUCCUCCGGGGGUGGAUUCGGUCCGGUGGCUGAUGAUGGUUAUGGCGUCUCCUACAUCAUUGUUGGAGAGAACCUCAUCAACUUCCACAUCUCCAGCAAACACUCGAGCCCAGAAACUGACUCGCACCGUUUUGGCAGCAACAUCAAACAGGCCAUGUUGGAAAUCCUGGAUCUCUUCCAGCUUGACAAGAAAACAAAGUGAUUGCCCUCGUACGUUGGCUGAAAAACACAAGACGCUGUUGUUAUUAUUAUUAUUUUUAAUAUUGCUCAAACUUGUACAGAAUCAAAUGUUGGAUUUUGUUUUAUUUUUAAGCUAAGUGACGUUACUCAAGCGGGGAUGAUUGAGAAGUAUUUGGAAAAUAUUACUAUCUAUAUUUGUGAUGCGCUUAUGUAUAAUGUAUGUAUAGGCAGGGGGGAGAUUCUGGUGGUAAUGGGUGCAGAUAGUGCACAGAUCAAAGUUUUAAUUUAGCGGCCAGUACAUACCCAUGCCUAAUGUAUGAUUUAAUAUGAUAUGAUUAAUGUUGAAAAGGGCAGAAAGGGAGGAGAAUAUUUGAGCCGAUCUAGCCUGAGAUAAAGUCUGUAUGACCACAGUUAAUAGACAUUUCAGCUGAAGGAUUGUUCGAUAGCAUCAUCCCAUAUUUGAAUUACAUUUUAAACUUGAGAGAUGGUGCAAUAUUAUACUAGCUUUUGUCCCAAUUUUUUGGAAAAUCCUUUCAGAAUUUUCAACGUUUUUUAGUUUUUUUGGUUUCUUCUGUCUCCUUGAUUGAAUCACCCGAGUCAUUUGUAACUGUCCAAAGCAGCGAACGUGGUGUAAAGCAUAUCGAAUAGCAUUUUGUGUGGUGUCCACCAGUUUCACUUGGCUCAACGUAAAUACUGCUUUGGUGAGGCCGAGCAGUCGUACACGGCCAUCUGGUGUGCGACGCCGGGCACGAGGACAGAAGACCGAGAGCCGUUCGUACCGUCUAAACCGAUGGAUCCCUUUUUGCCCUCCCGACUCAAGUGCACAGCUGGGGUGUUUGCUCACUUUCAGCUGCUUUGAUUUUACGACGUAGCGACAAAAAGAUCGUGUUCACGUGUUGUUUGUUUUCAUACUCAGGUUUUACUUACUCGGCCUAGUAUUGUGUUGUGGUGGCGGUGCUGGUUGGCCUGUACAUGUGCGACAGUAGCCAUCUGACCUCGAUGACUUGGUGGGUAGAAUAACAUUAGGUUUGCUGUUAAAGUGAGCGAACGGCAGCGCAGGGGCUUGUGUGAAAAUGUGUGUCUGGGGUGAAUGUGACAUUGGAUGAUUUUCUUUUAUAGAUUCUUGUUUAAAAAAAAAUAAAGUGGGAUAAGUGUACUUUAACGCUGUCGUGUGCUCAGUGACAGGCCGUUCAGUUCAAACCUAACAACUUCUUACAAACCGUGGUAGCCUUUUGACAGAUCAAGAUUGAGUUGUAAACUUUUAUCAGCAGACGUUCAAGUUGUCAGUCGCAGGAUCAUGGCAUUUCAGCUGCUGUCGCCGGGACAGGGUGAGGUGCAGAAUCGCCUGUGUCUCUCCAGUGCAGUGGGAAAUCAUCGCUUCUGUUGCUUCAGAGGGGCUGUCGUGUGUGGGGCUGCAUUUUUGUUCUCAUGUCAUGUGUGUGAUGUCAGUUCCAUCAUAUUAUUUAUUUUUUUCCCCCCAUGUUUUAACUUCUUUAUUCACCCGACAAACUGUUUUUGAGACGUGUGUAGCACUAAGUUAAAGCUUUGCUGAUUCAAGAAGUCAAACAGAGAUAACUCUUCCUCUCUUUUUUUGACAUGACACUUAUGUUAUCACUGACUUGUUUUAGUUGUAUGACUUUUUAUCUUGGUAAACUUCACGUUUACACUGCAUGGUUUUUGAAGAUGAAGCUGUAUAUGUUUGCCUUUUAUUUUAAAGAUGUAUGUAAAAAAAAAAAAAAAAAAAAGGAAAGACAAACAGCUGAUACACCAAAUCAAGUUUUAACAAUAAAGUGAAUGUCGGACA